GUGGUGGAAUUGUUAAACCAGGCAGCACUCAUCUCUACAGAGGAAAAGCUUAUUGUUCUCAAACAGGUGCAGGAGUUGAUUAUCAACAAGGACCCUUCAUUGCUUGAUAAUUUUCUGGAUGAAAUCAUCGCAUUUCAGACUGAUAAGUCAAUUGAGGUGCGAAAAUUUGUCAUCGGAUUCAUUGAGGAGGCAUGUAAAAGAGACAAUGAGCUUCUGCUGAGGCUGAUUGCCAACCUGAACAUGCUGAUGAGAGAUGAGAGUGUGAAUGUGGUGAAGAAGGCCAUUCUGACACUCACUCAGCUAUACAAAGUGGCUUUACAGUGGCUGGUGCGCACUAAGAGUGUCUCGGACAUGCAGGAGCCAUGCUGGGAUAUGGUGACCCAGAUGAAAGAGGAUGUUCUGGCAUUGCUAGACUCCGAUAACGACGGAGUUCGCACUCACGCCAUCAAAUUCACUGAGUCCCUCAUCAUCACUCUGUCACCACGGACACCUGACUCUGAUACGCCCAAGAAACAGGAGGGAGACAUCAGCCUGGACAAAAUCCCAAAAGACCACACGUAUAUUCGAUAUGACACCUUGUGUGAGGAGGGAAAGUUGGCUCUGGAGCAGUUGUUAAAGUUUAUGGUGCACCCUGCCAUCUCCAGCAUUAAUCUCACCACUGCACUUGGAUCACUGGCUACGCUGGCCAGACAGCGGCCCAUGUUCAUGUCUGAGGUGGUGCAGGCAUAUGAGACGCUACAUGCUAACUUGCCCCCGACUCUGGCUAAGUCUCAAGUGAGCAGUGUGCGCAAGAACCUGAAGCUGCAUUUGGUUUCGGUGCUGAAGCACCCCAGCAGCGUGGACUUCCAGGGCCAGAUUUCCACUCUGCUGCUGGAUCUUGGUAUGUCUCAGAGCGAGAUCACCCGCUGCACGCCAGCCACGGUACAGCCCCGUAAGAGACUCCACCAUGAGCCCUAUGUCGAGGGCAAGAGGAUCAAGAUGGAGGCCACUCUAGUGGAGGAUGAUGAUGAUAAGGAAGAACCAGCUCCAGUCAUCACCCCAAAACCAUCCUCCUCUGCUGGCACCCAAUCAUCCAUCGAUCUCACUGCUGAGUUCCUGUUGCCUCUGCUAAACCCAGAGAAUGUGGCCAACCUGGUGCUUUUCACCAAGCUUGUGUUGGAGGCUCCGGUCAUUACAGACUCUGCACUGGAGGUGAUUCAACGCUACUGUGAGGACGAGUCACGUGUUUACCUGGGCAUGUCCACAUUAAAGGAGCUUAUCCUAAAACGCCCCUCCAGACAGUACCAGUACCUCAAUGUCCUUCUGAACCUCAGCUCUCACGAAAAAGAAAAGGUGCGGUCCACUGCUCUCAGCUUCAUCAAGCGCAUGUAUGAGAAGGAACAUCUGAAGGACUGCAUUGAGAAGUUCGCUCUCACCUACAUGCAGUUUCUGGUCCACCCAAACCCACCUUCUCUUCUGUUUGGAGCAGGAGAGGAUACAG